AUCAGAAGGAGAUAGCCCCAUAAUCUCUCCCUCGAGCAAAGAAAUAAAGAUUGGAGUACUAAUUAAAGGUUGAUUCAAAUCUACUUGAAGAGUGAUUUUCCUUGCAGCAAAGUGUUGUGUUUUACCCAAAAAGUGCAACAAUAACCCUAGGCAGAAAAGGACGAAUCAUACCAGAUUUGAGUGCAUUGCUUUUUCAUUGUUUUUUUGGUAUCCGUCUUGCCACAACUAUGGUCUCGAUUUUGGAUAAAAUUAUUGUGACCAUGGACGAUGCUUUGAACAAACUUCUUGGGGUGUUGAAGAAUAUCUUUUAUGGAAGAGUUGAGUUUCAUGACGGAGUCUGUAUAGCUUAUGAUCAUGUGGAUGAAAUUUUGAAGACGUUCCACUUAUUUCGUCAUCUUUUAGAUCUAUCGGAUUCUGAUUCUGAGUUAUAUGCGUUCAAUGUGGAAAUCUCUUGCUCGAUACAAGAUUUGGUGCGUGGUACUCCAAUGGCAUUGAGUGAUAUUCCCUUGGAGUUAAAAAGUUUCAAAAUAAGGAUGAUGAAUGCUAUAAGGAAUCUUCUCGGCAUUCCCAUUGCUCCACCUGAUCUGUUCCCCACAACCACUCUACACAAUCCUACAUCUACUGAUGUGGAGCGUACGAUUGGGGAUUCAGUGAGAGUUCCUGCAGUUGAUGCUGGUGGUGUUUCUGUUGAAGCAGGAAAAGUUUCCCGCUCACUUGUGCUCGGCUAUGGUACAUCUGAAUUUCAUCAAUUUCUUCAUACAUUUUUUCACAAAUACGACAUCAAUGGAGAAAGACACGGAAACCACCGGCUACCCCAGAAUACAAAUAGGACUCAAUGUGGAGAUGGCAAUGACAAAUAUAGGGGUCUCAGCAAGGAGAUGGUGCAAGAGUUGGAAAGAUUCCUUCAAAAACAAUCUCAAUUUAUGGGCUUAUUAAUAUCGGGUGCAAUGUCGGGGACAAAACGGAUUCUCAGAAGCACUGGGAAUGAAACAGAGAAGACAAAGAAACUUGUGGGAACAUUGUCGCUUGAGAAUGGAAAAGGUGGAGGUAGUUACCAGAGUACUGUUCAUGUUCUUCAACAUUCGACACAGCAGAGUAGUAUAUGUCAAGAUUGAUGACAUCAAAAUGUUAAGGAUGAGAUGAAUGAAGCUGUCCAGUAUAAUGUUUUGGAAGAAGAUUUUGCCAGGCUUGAGGGAGAGACAAAUAUUGGAGAAGAAGUUAAUGGACAAAGGAGUGAAAGGCCCAUAAGACUUCAAAGGUAAACCCAAAUGUUGCUACCAAACAAAGGCAUUUAAUCAAAUUGAGAAAUUUAA